UGAAUACGCAGUAUUACCAAAUAUUCGAAAGAAUUAUCAAAGUUUAAACUUAAAUUCGAAAAUAUCGCAAAUUUUGCCCCUCACCCGCCCCUAAAUUAAUUGUUCUCAUCCUACUAAUUAGACCAGCGAUACAUGAACGAGAAAAAUCAUGACGGAGAAAAUGUAUUAUUGGGGUGAGGAGCGUGAUCCGGUCGAUCCCGACCAGGCAUUCAUAGAGUUCAAGGCAAAGGUAAUAUCGGCAACUGGGGGUGAAUCGUCGCGUGCAACGUCGAGAAAAAAUCCAACAUCGGCAACAAUUCAACAACGUGAAAAUACUGAAAUUGAGGCUCGUCGAGAUGACGACGAGCGCGGGGGGUGGGAUAACAAGUUAGAUUUUCUCUUCUCAUGCAUAAGUGUAUCAGUGGGUUUGGGUAAUGUCUGGAGAUUUCCGUACUUGUGCUAUAAAAAUGGAGGAGGUGCAUUUCUGGUAACCUAUGGAAUUGCCAUGAUAUUUUGUGGUAUUCCAAUAUUUUUCCAAGAAGUUGCCAUUGGACAGUAUCUGGGAGCUGGGGGUAUGACAUUGGUCGGCCAACUGUGCCCUCUCUUGCAAGGCGUUGGAUAUGCAACAAUGACAAUUGUUUUUUACCUGGACGUCUACUACUGUAUCAUAAUAGCGUGGACUCUAUUCUACCUCAUAAGUACAUUUACGAAAUUGCCUGGUUUACCCUGGAGUGAUUGCGGAAAUUCGUGGAACACUGAGAGUUGUCACGGAGCUAGCAUGAAUAAAUCCAAUCGCAGCGAGUAUGUUAAUUCCAGCCACUCCACAUCCCCUGUUGAAGAAUAUUGGGAGCGUCGAGUCCUCGGUAUAACAUCUGGAAUUGAUCAUCUCGGGGGAAUCCAAUGGGAGUUAUUGGGCUGCUUGAUCCUCGGCUGGCUCCUAAUAUAUUUCAUAAUAAGACGUGGCCUCCAUCAGAGUGGUAAGAUCAUAUGGUUCUCAGCGCUAUUUCCCUACGUCGUUCUUUUCAUUCUUUUGGCAAGGGCUGUCACCCUGGAGGGUGCCAGUGAAGGGCUGCUUUAUUACGUUACACCGAGAUGGGAGAAAUUAUUAUCACCUGCGCCAUGGAUUGACGGGGCAACUCAAAUAUUCUUCGCUUACAGCAUUGGCACUGGAGCACUGCCUGCAUUGGGAUCGUACAAUAAAUUUCAUCACAAUUGUUACAAGGAUGCACUGAUAACCUGUGUCGUCAACACAUUGACCUGCUUGAUUGCCGGUUGUGUGACAUUUUCCAUUUUGGGACAUAUUGCGUUGGAACAAAAUACUAAAGUCUCGGAAGUAGUGAAGAGCGGGCCUGGUCUUGUCUUCUUAACUUAUCCUGAAGUUGUACUCAAAUUACCUGGUGCACCAUUGUGGGCUGGUAUAUUCUUCGUUAUGCUCAUUAUUCUGGGAAUUGACAGUGAAUUUUGCAUUGUCGAAUCUUUCAUAACUGGAGUUGUUGAUAACUGGUCUGACUCACUGAGACCGCAUAGAAAUAAAUUUACAAUAGCCAUUUGUACCUUGAUGUUCUUCCUGGGAAUUCCAAUGGUCUCUCACGGCGGUGUUUAUAUUUUUCAACUGAUGGAUUUUUAUUCUGCAAGUGGUAUGUCAAUACUCUGGGUUUGUUUCUUCCAAACUAUCGCAAUAUCCUGGAUUUUUGGUGCUCAAAAAUUUUGUGACUGCAUACACCAAAUGAUGGGAAUUAAACUUCAUCGAUUUUGGUACAUUUGUUGGGUAUUUUUCGCUCCCAUUAUUAUGGCAUUCAUUUUUGUCUUCCAAUGUGUUCAAUAUAAACCACUGAAAUACGGAAGUCAAUAUGAAUAUCCCACAUGGGCAGAAAUUAUUGGUUUCUGUCUGAGUUUUUCAUCGAUGAUUUGGAUACCAGCUUAUGCAAUUUACUAUCUCAUUGCAACACCCGGAUCGAUAAAGGAGAAUUUCCUCAAGGGACUAAAGCCAAAUGUCAAGUCACGAACUAAAAUACCAUCUGGUGAAAAAACAGCUGUUAUACCAUUGUCCGAGAGUAGUGCCGGAUUAAUUACUAAAAAUAAUAGUUUUCUCAGUCAAACAUGAUUCGAGUAUAGUUUCAUCAUUAUAAAAUUUAAAUAAAUCGAGUAUAAAAAAUAUAUCUACUAUCAGAGUACACAUGAGAUGUUGUGUAAUUAGAUGAAUUAUAUUUUCUACGAGACAGCUUUUUUCUUGUUUUGUAAUUCUCCAUUUGUUGGUUUAUUCUUCCGUUGAAAAUGAAAAUUAAAACGAAUUUUUUAAAUAACAGACAGAUUAAAUCGUGAGGGCCUACGUUCUGUAAAGCUGGAGGAAUGAUUGAUUGUAAAUGUUGAAAGGAGGUGAUUAUCGUAAUUUAGUAGCAGUUGUUGAAUCGAUUAGACGAAGAAACGAACCUCCAUUCAUUGCGCAUUUAUUUAUUGUUAAUUAACAACUGUACGUUAGUCGGGAAAACGCCGCGAGAGAGAAAAUAAAAAUGAUAAAAUGAGUGGAGAGUAACGAUUUUAUUUCCAAUGCACAUUUAAUUAUUUGAGUGGAUUUAAUAAUGUUUGUAUAAAAUUAGGGAAAUCAAUACGCAAAGCUAAUUAUAUUUGAAUAAAGAGAGGUAAAAUAUA